AUGGCCUUCCAGCAGUUCAAGACCUUCCAGCCUGGGGCCUCUACAGAAGAAUUGUUCAGCUACGACAAGCACAAGGGCCGGUGGUGCCUCUCCGGCGUUUCCUGUGCCAGCUCGGAUGCCGUUCACCCUUUGGAUGCCUCCUUGGGGAACCAUCAAUGGCGUGUCGUGGCGGUCAGCGAUUUUGAUGCCGUCUUCGAGGCCCGAGGCGCUAAGCCGAACGCUGCAAGGCUCGCGGGCGCAAAGCCAGAGCCUCCUACUCUCAUCAAGUUCGGAGCUGAAGACCCUGAGUAUGCGGAAGAGUGCAAGGAUGAGUCGCAUCCUGGGUCAGCGGACUUUAACCGCAACAAGAUGAACGAAGUUGCGGAAGGACUCGACGACGAGAACCCAUGCAAGUACGUUUAUGGCAAGCCACCAAAAGACAAGGACUUGAAAGAGGUGGAGGGUAUGGGCUUCUGGAAAGCUAUCAAGGGCGAGCCCUCCCAGCCAGGCGUCUCCUACAAAGACGUGAAGGAAUGUGCCGACGAGGAAGGCGAACGAGAACUCAAUCUGGCAAAGAACGCCAAGCUCUUUUUCAACAAGAUGAAAGCAAUUCCUGGAGCGUUUCGGCUGGCUGCGAAAAUUAGCGCAGCUGUGCCGGAUAUGGUUGCGGCACCUUUUGGUGCUGGAAUCCAAACCAAAGUUGGCGAGAUAACAAAGACGAUAGGCAACGUCGCGGAGCAGAUAAAGGCGACCAAGAUCAAGGUGGACAAAAUGACGAAGAAAAACAAGGCAGCUGAGGAGAAGAAAAACUCCUGCCAGCCGGCGGAGCUCGGUUUUGCUCGGGUCUUCUGUGACCUGCACUGUAUCAGAGACUCGGUGAGGAAGGGUGACAACGCCAUUCUCCGCGCCAUCGAGGGUGCGGUGGACGUCGUGGGCCAAAACACGCAGCUACUCCUGGAGCACUAUGUGGCUCGCCUGUCUUUCAGUAUCAUGUUCUCACCGUGA